AUGCCUCGAUUAACCUCUAACAAACCAUUUGAAUGUACUAUUUGCAAAAAAAAAUGGUACAAAUCCUCAGCAGGACUUUCAAGAUAUGAAAAUGCUAAGCAUAAUGAUUACAAGACACCUCCUAUUCAACAGUAUAUUCUGCCAGAAAAUGCUAUUAAUAAAUGGAAGAAAAUGCUAGGUCAAUAUUUAGGACUUUUUAAAAAGCAUUUAACUUGGGUGUUUAUUAACAGAAAAGUAUAUAGAUGUGUUUUUUCAGGACCUAACACAUAUCAAACUAUUAGUUCAAUAUUAGAUAAUCAAUAUUGGGGUGUACGGUACUAUAAAUGUAACCAGGUUUCUUAUGUUGUACUACUUAUUCAAACAACUGCUAAAAAUUUAGUUCCAGCUUUAGAUGCCAUACUUGCAAAAAAAGCAGCUAAGAAAAAAAAAAAGCAAGGUAAUAUUGAUAAAG